GGUUAGGCAAAAGUUACCCGCGAUGUUCUUAAACGACAAACCCACGAAGCAUACAACGAACGCAUCAGACCAGGGACGAGACAGGACAGGACAGGACAGGACAGGACAGGACAGGACGGUAACAUGGCUGAGCUUAAUAGGUUACACUUUAAUGAAGAGGCGUCAGUCUAUGAUUCCAAGCACGACAAGUUCAAUGAACGUGUUGCGAAGGAGAUUCGGGCCCGCUUGGACUGGAUAGGCGUCGAUUGGGUCUCGGAUGACGACGACGACGACGAUGAUGAUGACGAUUAUGGUGAUGGUGAAAACGAUAAGAGCAACCGCGAUCCUUCUCGACCCAAGAAGGAGGUGAGACUACUAGACUACGCUUGCGGCACUGGUGGGAUGUCGAGAGCUCUUGCUCCUUAUACGACACAAUGUAUCGGCAUCGACAUAUCAGAAAAGAUGGUCGAGGUGUAUAACUCUCGUGCCGAGAACCAGGGUCUAUCUCAUGACGAGAUGCACGCUAUAGUGGGCGAUCUGCUUGCGACGACGGGAGAGCUAGGCUCAUCAGCCGAAUCCCACUCCCCAUCCCUGAGGGUGGUGGAAGGGGCCCCCUCCCCUCGCCUCUUCGGCUUCGACGUGGCGGCCGUGGGGGGCGGGCUCCACCACCUCGCGGACCCGGAGCUGGCCUCCGACCGCCUGGUCCAACGCCUGCGGCCGGGUGGCGUCCUGCUCGUCUGGGACUUCCUGCUGCACGGGCCCCUCGGCGACCGAGACCGAGACCGAGAUCACGGGGUCCUGCACCACGGCCUCGCCGAGGACAGGGUCCGAGCCUUGUUCGAGCACGCCGGCGCCGGCAAGGGGUUUGAUUUGGUGGUUGUGGGGUCCGGGGUUACUCGUGGGCGGCGCUGUAAACAUGGCCAUCACCAUGAUCACGGUGGACAUGGAGAUGGACAUGGUGAUGGUGGUGAUGAUAAUGAGGAGAAUGGCGAUGGGGAAGAGGAGGUGUUGGUGAGGAGACAGCUGUUCUUGGCUAGGGGGGAGAAAUAUUGAGUUAGCUAGGUAGUCGGGUUAGAGCGCGUAAACCUUGCAGCGGCCCUGCAAAUUACGAGAUAGGUAGGCAAGGAAGGAAGGAAGAAAGAAAGAAAGAGAGCUAACUAGCUUCGAGAACAUUUCCAUCAAUUUUUUUUGUAAUUAAACUUGAUUGAUAGCUUCCUCUCCACUUACUCAAAGCGUACUCCUGAGAUCCUGACUCUAGAUUCUUGAAACUUGCCUAUUUAUUACCCUAGG